AUGCUCGGAGCUACCCUUUGUUUUAUUUCAUUUACUCACCGAUGGCUACACUCAACCUUUUUUGUUUCUUGCAUAAUUUUUGCCUUGGUCAGCCUUGCUCAGCGUCUGUCGGCAUUUGUUCGUGAUUCGUCUAUCUGCGUCACAGUCCACUGGAACAUUUCGAAUUCGGCAUUUGAGGCAACCGCUCGGCUUACUUUCUUCUGUCUUGGCUACGACGCCUUACGUACCCGACUCUCAAUAACUGUGGGCAGUAGCGCUGGCCAUGAUCUAGACGGUGGGUCCAACGGGGUUGCGGACACUGGAGCUCCUGGUAUCUUCGUACAUUGUCCUGACCCUCCUCAUACCUGCCACCUGGGAACAGAUCUGGCUCAGUUGGAUGCGCUUCUACGGCACCAGGUAUAUAGAGCCUUCCAUUGUUAG